AUGGAGCAUGAAAAUACGGCAAAAAUACGAAGGCGGAAGGAAAAUCAGGCUUUUGUUCAAAUUGCAGAAAAAAUUCCCAUUUCUGAUUCAAUUACUAAAAAUCUCGACAAAGCAUCUUUACUAAGACUUCUCUCAGCCUUUGUUGAGUUGAAGCAAAUAUUCAAAGGAUAUUCAGCCAUUCACUCGACAGAUGUUCAUCAAAUUGAUCAGCCACGUCAAAAUACUGGAAUUUGCCAAGAGAUUGUCGGAACUAAUUUUAAUUCUUACAUUUUAUACAAAGAUUCUGAAGAAUUCAAAAGAUGUUUAAAAAAUUGUCAAAUCCCUUUGAGCUACACUGGAUUAUAUACAAGACAGCAAGUAAUUUUCCGAAUCAAGACAACUCUUCCUAAAAGAAUUGCUGGACUUACAUUUGAGAACUGCAAGUAUCGAUAUGAAUGGCAUAUGAACGAUAUACUAGAAAUGAGACAACCUCGUACUGUGAUGACUAAUCUUUUUUCAUGUCAGGCCCAGAGAAAACCUGAUAGUGAAUGUGGACCUUAUUGGCUUGGAAAUUAA